AUGCCCGCUAAACCCAAAGGCGUGCGUCGAGCAUUGGCCGCAAAGUCUGGCACGACCCAGACACCUCAUUCACCCGAGGUCGUUAUGAGUAACGUGGAAACUCAUCUUGCCAAGCAAGAAACACUUGAAGAAUGCAACAUCCCGCUCGAGAUCGCCACGAUCACGACACUCCUCGGUCAGCAGCAGGAGUCAAUUAAAGAAAACAGCGAACUGAUCACCACAACCAGUGCCGAGAUCUUCGAGUUGGAGCCCGUGGUCGACAAGAUCGAGGAAGAGUUUUAG